AUGUUCGUCGUCGCGCGCGCGCGCGCGACGCCCGCGCGCGCUCGGACGCGCGCCGAGGCGAAGGCGCGCGCGUCGACGCGCGCGACGCGCGCGACGCGCGCGACGCCGCGCGCGAAGGCGACGUUUGGGUUUCGUCGACGAGAGUUCGUGAACGCGCUGACGACGUUCGGCGUGCUCGCGCUGUUCGACCGGUCCUCGGACGAGGACGAGGACGAGGAGGAGGAGGAGGAGGAGGAGGAGACGCUGGUGGACGAAGACGGGCGCGCGGUGUGGUACGACGAGGAGACGGAGGCGUAUUAUUACUACGAGGACGAAGACGGCGAGGCGUUCGCGGAGGAGGAGGAGGAGGAGGAGGAGGAGGAGGAAGAAUACGUCGACGAGGAAGACGACGAGGCGUACGUCGGAGAAGACGAGGAGGCGCGCGAGGGUGAGGACGAGGCGUAUCGCGACGACGCGGAGGAGGAGGACGAAGGAUGA